CGCCCUCUCGCACGUGGGUCGCAGUGUUGUGCUAUCACCGACAACCUGCCUCGGUAUACAAACCUGCCACGGAUUUGAACCGGCAUCAGAUCAUAAUUCAUCUUCGGACCUUGGAGUAUCAGGACCUUCAAAUGUGAUUCCUGAAGAUGCCUCUUCACCUGAACUCUGACUCACCGGAGAGGAGCCACCGCUGCAGCUGCUUCUGCCUCGGGCCCCUAGCCUUCCACGGCUCCGCUGUGGGGGCCCACCUCAGCCUGGGGCUGGGCCGGAGGCUGGCCCGCCGGAUGGAGUGCACCUUCAACCACGGCCUGGCCUUCAGCUCCCGGCCCGUGCGUGUGGGCGAGAAGGUAUCCCUCCAGGUGAGGAAGCAGACGGACAACUGGAGGGGGGCUCUGCGGCUGGGCUUCACCAGCGUGCCCCCCGACAGCCGAGCGCUGCCCCCCGCCCCCAUGGCCAUUCCCGACCUUACAGACAUCGCGGGCCACUGGGCCAAUGUCGUACCGGAGGCCUUCUGCCAGCCGGGCUCCGUGGUGAAGCUCUGGGUGUCCCACGGCGGGACGGUGUACUGCAAGACGAAGAUCUACAAGAGACACGUUCUGGCGAAGGGAGUGGACCUCGGCCGGCCACUGUGGGCCCUGGUGGACGUCUACGGACAGACCUGCGCCGUGCUCCUGCUUGGUUCUGAGAAGAAGCAGGCGCAGAGGACCCGUCGGUCCUGCCCUCUUCCUUCCUCCCUCCAGCAGCAGGGCUACGAGAAGGACGGAGACAUGGAAGACCUGUGUACAAAGGACAAGACCUGUGUGUGUUACCUGAGGAAGAACGACUAUGAGAGGGCGGUGGUGUGUGUAGCCUGCAUGCAGUGUCCGGCCAGCACCACUCUGCUCUGUGGUCACCGCUGUCUGUGUCUCCAGUGCUCUGACCGCGUGAUCUGCGAGAUCGGAACCUGUCCUCUCUGCCGCCUGCCCAUCUGAAGCUUCAGACACACGCUCGAACACGCGCGCGCCAGCACACAUUUCAUAUCCGUCACGGGGGGAGGGCAACCCUUACUUUGACAAAUGUUAUAAAUAUUCUCCUGUGAAACUGCAAUUGUGGAAUGUUAACCCUCAGCUGAAAAAACUAUGUUUACAAUAUUCUGAUAACCUCGGCCAUUGGCUAUCAUGCGUAAUGUACAUUGUGUAUAUAGGCAAAAUUUUAUAUUUGUUUAAGAACGUAUAUCUGAAAAUGCGAAAAGCCUACAGCGUUUUUAUUGUAUUGCUUGUUUUUUUAUCUAGUAUUGUUUUAAGAUUUGUAUGUUUUGUUAUUUAUUUACUUUUAUACCUGACAUUAUUUUAUAAAAACGUUUUUUACACA